AUGCAGUUCUGGUCGCUGCCGGGUGCGGAUGAGGCCUUCGGCGACAUCGGCCGUGUCGACAGGCUCGAUUCGCGCACCCUGGAGAGGGGGCACACCAGGACCUUCGCGUUCUGGCUCUGGGUUUGGGACGUUGCCCACAUCCCCACCAAGCGCGCGCUCUGGGUGCUCAAGCGGGGUGCGGGCCGGGUGGAUGAGAUCAUCGGCCUCGCCCCCGCGGAUCGCCGCAUCCCCCCGCCUCCCGGCGUCCGGCGCUACGACCUGCUGCUACAUGUAGACCUACUGGAGGAUUGGUCACCGCUCUCGCCGCGCUUGUCUCACUCCGGCCAGAGCGGGCUGCCCUCCUCGGAUGAAGAUGACGACCGCCCUUUCCCGCGCAUCGAGCCCGGCACUUGGGUGGCCCAUGUUGAAGACGGGCAGGGCAGGGCCUGCAACAGGGGUGCCCGCGACCACGAGGAGGACGGCGGUGGAGGCAGUUCUGGUGCUAGCCGUUCCUGGAAGGAUCGCCUGCUGGGUCGCGACUGCCACGCCAGGGGUUGCGGCGGGGACGUGAUCUCGGACGCGCACCGUCGCCGUAGCAGAUUGCCUGCCGGUCUCCGCUAG